CGGAAAAUCAACCGUCAACCUGUUGCUGCUUCAGCAAGUGACAAGUAACGGCAACCUUACGUUUUCGCAGCUGGACUAGACUUGCCCAUCACUAGGCGCUUCUGCUUGGUCAUUCAAGGUAACGAUACACCUGAUUUUAGAGGGGAGACCGAGACCCCGCGAUCUCACAGGAUCACAUCAGGUUGUUUCGGUAGAACCAACCACACUGUCCACCUGCCUAAUCAGGGUAACAUCGUUCCCUGCACAAGCUUCUGUUGAGCGCGCGUCCAAAAGCGGCAUCUAGCACAUUAACAAGACAAGUCUUAGUGUGCUAUUAUCACUCCGGCUUUUCGCUCAACUUAGGGUUGUCACAUUACCCGACUUUGUCAACCGUCAGUCAAUUCUAGCCACGAGCUUUAGGUUUCUAACCUGCUCCCCUCGCACAUCCUUUGUGAAGAGGGUUUGGCAUUCGAAAGCGGAUUCGCGGCUUCGCGCAGCUCGGAGAAAGUUGUAGGAGCGCGAUUUCUGACUGAUCCAAUUAUCAGCUUAUAUUGGAGAUCUGCGCUGUCGGAUACCCGCUCCCAAGUGACACAACAUAAAUCCGAGCACGCCGGGACUAGGCGCCUUUAAGUGUGUUGCUUCAUAUUCUGGAAGUUAUCCAGGAUAGAGACACGUUUUCUUCCGAUAUUGUAUAUCAUCAAGAGGUUCAAAAACCCACCGUCAAGAUGUCUCUUGCGCGCGCAUUCACAACGAGGCGAAAGCAGUCGCAAGACUUCAGCAUACUGCCGCAGCGGAGCAACACUACUGCCAGGAACAAUUCCAUCUCCCUCCGCAGUAAGAUCUCUGGCCCUAUGGAGCUCACACACACAACCAACAUGCUCGCAUACAAUGCGCCAGAUCUAUACCCUCAAUCAGAGGCUUCCCCGACCGAAUCUAGCAAAUCUGAUGAUUCCUCUAUUGAUACUCCCCGUACCAGCGCAUCGUCGCCGCCGACGAGUCCCGAUCUACCGUCUGUAGACCGAUCUGGUUUGCCGGAGCCUAACCACCUUUCAUGCUACUUUGUCGCCCCGGGUAACAAGCAGGCUCCAGUUCCGACCGAGGCUCCAGUGAUCCCUAAGCGCUCGCCAUCGCACACUAAGAAGGCAUCUAUGGAUAACUUGGCUAACAAGUUCUCGCGCUUUUCCAACCAAUCCGGCAAAUCUGUCUCCACCAAGGCGAGCUUUUCUCUUUCUCGUUCGUCAUCGACCUCAACGACAGCCACAACCCUUUCGUCGGGUUCAUUUUCACGAAAGGGUUCGAUUUCUUCGCCUAUUGUACCCGCAGUGCCUCCCAUGGUCGUAUCGCCACCCCCAGCUCGUCCCAGUCUCCGCCGUGACUAUCCCGACUCGCAGCAUCCUUUCGGUCAAGAGUUGGCUCAAGUGUCAGAGCUUGCGGAGGAAUUGGGCGUGAAAGAGAAGAUGGAUGUGAUCGACGAAGAAGAGCAGGACCUCAUCGCUAAGGGCCUCUGCCGAUUCCGACCCGAGGAUUACCUGGCCGAAGUUCAAGGACUCUUCUCCACAUUCUUUAAGCAUGAGCCAACCGCGUUGGCUCAAGUGUGGAUUUAAACGGCAAUCAGAUCGCUUUCAUUCCAUAUCUCGCCGCUGAGGAUAUGGGAUCGCACCAUCCGCGGCAUUUCGAUGUACAUAUUGGACAGUUUACAUACAAGUCUACGCACAAAACCUACCGAAUAAGAACGGGCCUGGUACAGGAGACUUGGUGAUCAGAUUUACGGAUUCAGAGGAGUUAGGGUUGAUAUUGCAUUCGAGGCUA